UCAAGAAACCUUAAGAAAAGAAACAGAUAAAUUAUUAAAAAAUGGAGUUAUUGAACAUUCAACAUCACCAUGGUCUUCACCUGUCGUUUUAGUAAAAAAGAAAGAUGGAACAACAAGAUUUUGCGUCGAUUAUCGUCGCUUAAACCAAAUUACAACAAAAGAUGCUUUCCCAUUACCAAGAAUUGAUGAUAUUUAUGACCAAUUAACAAAAGCAGCAUAUUUUACAAAAUUCGAUUUCAAAGCAGGUUAUUUUCAAGUACCAUUAGAUAAAUUAGAUCGACCAAAAACAGCAUUUUCAACUCGAGAUGGACACUUUCAGUUCAAAGUAUUACCUCAAGGUCUUACUAAUGGACCACCAACAUUUCAACGUAUUGUUAAUCAAAUAUUAGGUCCAAACAGAUGGAAACAUGUACUCGCCUAUAUCGAUGAUAUUAUUAUUUAUUCACAAAAUUUUAAUGAACACUUAAAACAUAUCGAAGAAGUAUGUUUAUUAUUACAAGAAGCCAAUUUUAAAUUAAAUGUUGACAAAUGCGAAGUUGCAAGAGCAGAAAUAUUAUUUCUUGGACAUGUAAUUAAAGCAGGUACUAUUAAACCUGAUCCAGACAACAUCCGUGGUUUGACCGAAACACGUGAACCAACAUCAGCUGAAGAAGCAUUUAGAUUCGUCAAAGCAGCAGAAUAUUACCGAAAAUUUAUUCCAAAAUUUUCCACCAUCGCUGCACCAUUACAUAAAUAUUCUCCAGCAACAGUACAACAACAAAAGAAUAAUAGAAAAUUAAAAUUUGAAUUAUCUGCUGAAGCUAGAACAGCAUUCCACCAACUCAAGAAAAUAUUAACAACUGAUCUAAUUCUUGAUUUACCUGAUGAUACAUUAACAUUUAAAUUACAAACUGAUGCUUCUGUAGAUGGAAUUGGGGCUGUUCUAUUACAAAUGACCCCCAAUGGUGAUCGACCAUUAGCAUACAUGUCAAAGAAAUUAACAAAAACACAAAUUAAUUGGCCAACAAUUGAACAAGAAUGUUAUGCAAUAGUACAAGCAAUAGAAAAAUGGGACAAAUAUCUUCGUGGGCAUGAAUUUAUAUUAGAAACUGACCAUGAACCAUUAAUUCAUUUUGCAAACAAAGAACAAUUAAAUAAAAGAUGUGAACGAUGGCGAUUAAAAUUAGCUGAAUAUCGAUUUAAGGUGAAACAUAUUCAAGGUAAGAAAAAUCAUAUGGCAGAUUAUCUUUCAAGAUCACCAGUCGACAUAGCUGAAGAAGAUAUUGAAGAACGAACUCAGUAUGAAUCAACAUCAACACAAACAGAUUUAUCAUUUUCAUCAUUAAAUGAUAAUUUGAUUCCAUUAAAAAUAACAACAGCGAUUACUAGAGCUCAAGCCAAAUUACAACAACAAGCAAUGGCAACACCACCUAUUAAACCGACGAAUGAAAAAAUGAAUGAGCUCAUCCCACAAGGGAAAGUAGCGACUGAUGAAGAACUGAUAAUCAAACCAUCAGAUGAAAAUCCAAAUAAGAUCAUCCCAUUUGAUAUGGAUGACUUAAGAAAAUGUCAAGAAGAAGAUAAAACAAUUCAAGAAAUAAAAAAGAAUAUUAAGAAUAAAAAACAUUAUUUUAUUGAAGAUGGAAUAUUAUUUAAAAAACAACAACUACCACUUCUAUCUGUACCAUAUGUUCCAGCAGGACGAAUACGUGGUGAUAUAUUAAAAAUUUAUCAUGAUACACCUGCUAAUGGAGCUCAUUUUGGACGUGACAAAACAAUAAGAAAAAUUCAAGAACGUUAUUAUUGGCCAACAAUGAUAGCAGAUAUUAGAAAUCAUUUAGAUUCAUGUUUACCAUGUGCACAAAAUAAUUAUCGUCGUCAAAAAUUACCGGGAAAAUUAAAACCAAUACCACCACCAGAAGGAAUAUGGAAAUUAUUAAGUAUGGAUUUUCAUGGUCCAAUAACUCCAACAUCAAAAAAAGGAAAUAGAUACAUUAUAUCUCUAACAGAUGUAUUAUCAAAAUUUGUUAUCACAAAAGCUGUUCGAGAUUGCUCAGCAACAACAGCAGUGAAAUUUCUUAUAAACGAUGUUAUAUUAAAAUAUGGCACUCCAACAUGUAUAUUAACCGAUAAUGGUACUCAUUUUACUUCUCAAGUUAUGAACAAAUUAUUUGAAAAUAUUGGAGUCACUCAUCUUUAUUCCACAGUAUAUCAUCCACAAACUAAUGGACAAAUUGAACGAUUCAAUGCAACUAUGGAUGGAAAAAUUGCCGCUUUAUGUAAUGAACGACGUACAGACUGGGAUGAAGUAUUACAAUUUGUUACAUUUAAUUAUAAUACAUCAAU